AUGUUCCUGAACACCUGGUACAUCAGUACCAUCAGCUGCAUGUUCCUGAACACCUGGUACAUCAGUACCAUCAGCUGCAUGUUCCUGAACACCUGGUACAUCAGUACCAUCAGCUGCAUGUUCCUGGUACACCUGUACCAUCAGCUCACGUUCCUGAACACCUGGUACAUCAGUACCAUCAGCUGCAUGUUCCUGGUACACCUGGUACAUCAGUACCAUCAGCUCAUGUUCCUGAACACCUGGUACAUCAGUACCAUCAGCUGCAUGUUCCUGAACACCUGUACCAUCAGCUGCAUGUUCCUGGUACACCUGGUACAUCAGUACCAUCAGUUCAUGUUCCUGAACACCUGGUACAUCAGUACCAUCAGCUGCAUGUUCCUGAACACCUGGUACAUCAGUACCAUCAGCUGCAUGUUCCUGAACACCUGGUACAUCAGUACCAUCAGCUCAUGUUCCUGA